AUGUCCACGCAGGCGGAGAGAGGAGGCCGCUAUUUGAGCAGAGGGGAAGAGGCCUGGAUGGCGGCCAUUUCUGCGGCGGGGCCCGAGGGCCGGGCCGACGCCUACCAGGUCGCGGCCAGCGCCGCCGAGGCCGAGUCGGGGGACUCCGACCCCGGCGGCUGCGGCUCCCACCUGCAGCAUAUCAGUGACCGCGAGUUCCCGGAUGAUUUAGCUUUGGAAUCGAAUCCAUCUGAUCAUCCCAGAGCAAGCACAAUUUUCCUGAGCAAAUCCCAGACUGAUGUGAGAGAGAAGAGGAAGAGUAACCAUAUCAACCAUGUUUCUCCAGGGCAGCUUACAAAAAAGUAUAGCUCAUGCUCAACAAUAUUUAUAGAUGACAGCACAGUCAGCCAGCCUAAUCUUAGAAGCACAAUAAAAUGUGUGACAUUAGCAAUAUACUACCACAUAAAGAACAGAGAUUCAGACAGAUCAUUGGAUAUUUUUGAUGAAAAAUCACAUCCUCUUACACGAGAAGAAGUUCCAGAUGACUACUACAAGCAUGACCCUGAUCACAAGCACAUCUACCGCUUUGUACGGACACUUUUUAGUGCGGCACAGCUGACAGCUGAAUGUGCAAUAGUGACACUAGUUUACUUGGAAAGACUCUUAACCUAUGCGGAGAUUGACAUCUGUCCUAGUAACUGGAAAAGAAUAGUUCUAGGAGCUAUUCUGCUGGCUUCUAAAGUUUGGGAUGAUCAGGCUGUAUGGAAUGUGGAUUACUGCCAAAUAUUAAAGGACAUUACGGUUGAGGACAUGAAUGAGAUGGAAAGGCACUUCUUGGAGUUGUUGCAGUUUAAUAUCAAUGUUCCUGCCAGUGUUUACGCCAAAUACUACUUUGACCUUCGCUCCUUAGCAGAUGACAACAACCUGAGCUUUCUCUUGGAGCCUCUUAGUAAAGAGCGAGCACAGAAACUGGAGGCUAUCUCCAGACUGUGUGAGGACAAAUACAAAGACUUGUCAAAAGCUGCUAUGAGACGAUCUUUCAGUGCUGAUAAUUUAGUUGGUAUUCGCCGUUCUAAUGCCAUCCUCUCCUGAGGAGAGAGAGAGAAGAGUGCAGCACCGUGAAGCCAGCAUCCACAUUAAAUGAGGAAUACCACCACUCCAUGCAUACAAGCCAGCAGUGAUGGUGUCUUCCAGCAAUGGGAGGAGGGGUAAAACUAGCCAAGGGAUCCCAAGGCUUGAAGAGUGUAUUCCAUGCAGCAGAUGGGACCUGGUCAGAUCAACACUCUCCUCCUUUUAAUGUAUCCAGAGGUGCAAAAACAAGCUUCCCUUCCCCCACAGAUGUUUGCUUACUGUGUAGGCCUAUAGCUGUGAACUAUGAAUUUUUAAUAACGAGUAGUUUUAAAUUUUAGAAUUUAAACACUAACCACGUGACGAUAGUUACAAUGUUCUUCCCUUUUUUCCUGUUGUCCAGAACACCACUGCAUUUGCCUUUCAAGGCUGAUGUGGUGCUAACAAAGAAAAAAAAAUACAUACCUGGGACUCUAAUAAAG